AUGAAUUAAUAAGAAUAAGUAUCAUUUAAAACUUUUUAAUUGCUUCAGCUCCAAAAUUUAGACAAUUAAUAAUAUUUAAGUGGAGACCUCUAAAUAAAAUAAAAUUUUAUUCUCAAAGAUGAAGAAAUAAGCUUAUUUACUUUAUAAAACAAUAUAAAUGAUCCAAACACUCAUUUUGUAUUAGAAUUAUAGGAUGAAUUUAGAAAUCAAUACCUUUAUUAUGGAGACUUAAUAGCAAUUAAACAUUUUAAGUCUCAGUUAUAUGUAAAUAUAAAUCAUUCUUAAAAACCUGAUGAAUUUUAAUCAGUUGAUGCAUAUUUGGGUGAAAAACCAGAAUACUUUGUAAUUCAACCAAAGGAUGAGGGAAAUUCAACAUUACUUAAAUAUCUUAAUUAAAAAAUCACCCAUCCAUUUAGAUUAUUUUCUACAGAUAAUAGAAAUUAUUUAAUUUCUCAAUAAUAGAAAAAGAAGAAUAAAUAUUUAGUAAAAGGAAGAAAAAAUUAAAAUGAUAUAAAUCUAAAUAUAGGAGUUUGGAGAUUCAUUUUUGUAGAAUAAUAAAAUAAUAUUUUGAAAAUGUUUGAUAAUGUAAGCAAUGAACCAAUUUUUAUUGAAAGUGGAAAAAAAGUAAUAAUCAGAAAUUGGCUUACAGGUUUUACUUUACAUUCACACCCUAUUAUAACAAAAACAGCCAACAAAUAGGAAGUUACAGUUGUUAGUCAUCCAAGAGAUGGUAUUAUAUACAUAUUAAAAUAUAGAAAACGAUUAUUGGUGUAUUGUUAAACAAAAUUCUAGAAAUACAUCCAAAUUCAUUAAUUAUGAUGAUCAAAUUUUUCUUUAACAUUUAAAUACUGCUAGAUAUCUGAAUGGUACUGAUCAAUAAUCAUAUUCAAAAUAAGGAAAUUUAGUUUGUUGUACUGAUUAAGUUCAUUUAUUUUAUACAUAAGGUAAAUUUUGAAUAUUAUUUUAGCUAUUGAUGAUUUUAUAUUAGAAAUGUAUAAACCUUUUACAAUAAAAUUUAAUAAUUAGUUUUUGGCUCAAAGUAAAUCAAAAGCAGAAUGCAAUAUUGGAUAAUAAUAAGAAUGUAUAUGUGUUGAGAAUCAGACUCAAACCUGUCUAUGGGUUAUAGAAUAAAUGAUUUGA